CAGCCAAAUUAAUGAAACCACAUAAUAUCUUAAAAUUAAUAAAAUAACAAAAUAUAUAAUCCGUAUUAACAACACAUACGUGUGUGUUUAAAACGAAACAUAUAUAAAUCUGCAAACUCUAUUAUUUAAACAGAUUACAGGUGGCUUUCAAAACCAGAAAUCGACGAGACUUUAUUUUUUCGCCUUUUUUCCCUCUUUCUUUCAAUCACCCCAAAUUCAGCAAAAAUCUCUCUGAAAACUUCCAAAUCCCGAAAUUACCCCUUCAUGGAGAACCCAUCGGAGCAAGGAUCUCGGGAACAUCUAAUCCCCAGGGAGACACGACCGAGCGCGAUCAACAAACCGCCGGAGUUUCCGGCGUCGCGGUUCACCUUCAUGAGCAUCGUGCUCUGGUUCGACCAGUCGAAUCGCUGGACGGCUCUGCUUUCGUGGUCCGUCUUCUUCCUCCUCGUCGUCGGCGUCCCGAUGAUGUCCCACUUCUUGCUCGUCUGCUCCGACUGCGAUUUCCAUCACCGACGUCCGUACGACGCCGUGGUACAGCUUUCGCUGUCGAUUUUCGCCGGAAUCUCGUUCGUUAGCCUCUCGCUCUGGUCGAGAAAGUUUGGGAUGCGACGGUUUCUGUUCCUCGAUAAGCUCUGGGAGGCUAGCGACAAGGUCAGGAUCGGGUACGAAGCAGAAAGUCAGAGAUCACUGAAACGGCUAAUGAUCUUCGUCCUACCAUCACUAACACUAGAAGCCAUGUACAGAAUCUGGUGGUACAUCUCUGGCUCAAACCAGAUCCCUUACAUCAUCAAUCCCGUUCUAAGCAACGUCAUCGCCUGCACUCUCCAGCUCUCUUCUUGGCUUUACCGUAACGCCAUCUUCAUCACCGUCUGCAUCCUCUACCAAAUCACAUGCCAUCUUCAGACUCUCCGUCUCGAUGAUUUCGCGCGCUGCUUCGCCUCUGAGAUCACCGACGUUCGCUCGGCUCUCGCCGAGCAUCAAAAGAUCCGUCGUAAUUUGAGGAUUGUGAGCCACCGUUUCAGGAGAUUCCUUCUUUUGUCGUUGAUUCUCGUUACUGCUACUCAGUUCAUGGCUUUGCUUACGACCACGAGAGCUAGUAUCGCAGUUAAUAUCUAUGAAGUUGGCGAACUCGCGUUAUGUUCGUUGAGUUUGGUUACAGGAGUGUUCAUAUGUUUGAGAAGUGCGACAAAGAUAACACACAAAGCACAAUCUGUGACCAGCCUUGCAGCUAAAUGGAACGUUUGCGCCACUGUGGACUCGUUCGAUAAUCAUGAUUGCGAAACUCCAACAGCUUCAAUGAUUGAGUCCCAAAUUUCCCCAUGUGGCAAUUUGAUGGAUACAUCUGAUGAUGAGGAAGGAGAAGGAGACGAUGAUCUUGACAAUACCAAGAUUCAUCCCAUCUACGCCAAUACGAUUUCUUAUCAAAAGCGUCAAGCUCUAGUGACGUAUCUAGAGAACAAUAAAGCUGGGAUCACUGUGUAUGGAUUCCUUGUGGAUAGAUCAUGGUUGCAUACGAUUUUCGGCAUUGAACUUGCUCUUCUCUUAUGGUUGCUCAAUAAAACAAUCGUGAACAUACCAUGAAUAAAGUGUUUGAUAAAUACAUUAUAAAUAUAGGAUUGAAUCGUUUUGGCAAUGAUGUUUCUCUCGAAGAUUUGAUGAAGAACGGUAGACAUUUUUCACGGUGGCGAUGAUAUGUCUCUCUUUGUUUGACUACAAAUAUGGAGACAUGACAACUCUUUUUGGUUCAUCUAUAUAUAUAUAUAUACAUAUAUACAUUUUGAUACAAAUACUAUGUAAUGUGAUUAUAAAUAUAUAUGUAUCUACCAGUAAAAAUGUCUGGUAUGUUAAGCGUUUCAGUUCAAGAUAUGCAUAGAACCAAAAGUAAUUAGUUAACUCUAUAUGUAUGCCUUUGUAGUGUAGAAUGAUGAAUAAAAAAAAUCGCAAUAUAUGUUUUGAUGUCUAUUUGGAAUACUUUAAUUUUGUACCCAAAACAAAAUAAAG